AUGGCGACCUUUUUCCAGAGUGUGCGCCAAGGGUUUGGCAGGGGAGGAAAUAACAAGAACAAUCCUCCUAAGAGCCCCGCGCAAGCACCACAAGAUCCUCGAACCGGCGCCAUGUCGAACUCGCCCUCGUUAUCCAACAGUCUGACUAUUGACAACCUCGCCGCCAAUGAUCCCGAUGCCCCCAAAUACUUUUUCCAAGAGAAGUACGCUCCGUUGAAUGUGAGGGGCAACUUCUUGACCCUGUGUGCUUGUCCCAAGAAUGUAGAGAUCGGCGAGUGGUUGGCUCACCAGAUUGUUGAACAAUACCGUCUGCUCCAUGGCAUGCUACAGGUUAUCCAAGAGGUGAACGGUGUGACAGGCGUCCAAAUUUGCAAUGAGAGCACAUGUCCGACAAUGUCUGCUGGACGGUUGACCUACACGUGGCUCGUCGAUGGCCGUGCCGCCAAGAUCUCAGCACCCAAGUUCAUCAACCGUGUCGAGAAAUGGAUUGUCAGUAAGAUCCACGACCCGGUCAUGUUCCCCACCGAGAAUGUGAACGGCAUCCCGGAAACCUCAGCCCUCGGAGAUGCUGCAGCCGCCGCCACUGGAGCCCCUGUUCCAGAAGGAGCCAACCCAGGAACAAAUGGUGCUGGUGCCGACGAAUGGAUCGGCAAGUCAAGUGGUUUCCCUCAGACCUUUUACAAGGACUGUCAGGGUAUCAUGAAGCAGAUGUUCCGCUGUUACGCGCAUCUUUACCAUGCCCACUGGCUCAACCCUUUCUGGCACAUCAACAAGCAUGAUAUCCUGAACAUGUGCUUCGUGCACUUUGUGACGGUCGCCAAGUACUACCAGCUGGUCUCGGAUAAGGAGAUGGAGCCAAUGCAGCCUCUGAUUGAUCUCUUUAUCAAGCAGCAACGUGUGCCUCCCGAGGCCCUUAAUGGUGGACAUUGGGCUCAACAAGCCUCUACCUAG